AAUUGCAUAUUCACCUUUCCUCAAAACAUUCACAACAAAAGAUAAAAAUGCUUUCCUCUUCUUUUUCUACACUUCCAAGAAUCUCCAUCACUUCUCCUCCUCCUCACCGGACCACCACUUUCCGGCCACCGUUCAUUUCAAACAGCACCGCCACUGCAUACAAAGAAAGGCCAACUUCCAAUUCUUACACAAAUACUCUACAAAUGGCGAGAAAUCCAACGUCGUUUUAUGAGGUUCUUGGGAUUCAAGUUGGAGCAUCAAACCGAGAAAUCAAAUCGGCGUACAGAAGAUUAGCAAGAACUCUUCAUCCCGAUGUCGCCACGUUGGAUCGGAAAGACACGUCAGCAGAUGAGUUCAUGAAGAUUCACAGUGCAUACUCUACCUUGUCGGAUCCUGAUAAAAGAGCUCUUUACGAUCGGAAGCUGGUAACUAGAAACAAUCGGCCGUUGACUGUUAGAUAUUCCGGCAGUUAUCAUGGCCGGAAUUGGGAGACUGAUCAGUGCUGGUAGCUCAAGAAUUAGAUUUGAUCUAUUAAGAAAAAGAACCGAUCACUGAAUCUAUGCAUAUAUAUCAAGAAAUCGAUCGUCGUCAGUUCUUGAAGUAGUAGUUCAAACCCUAAUUAAUCAGAGAUGAAUUAAAGAUUACAUAGAUGAAACCCACAAAUUGUUGAUAUUUUGAAGAUGAUGACGUGGAUGAAUCCUAUACAGGGGCGGAAAUAGAGGUGAACACCGAUCACCGGUUGACGGUUGUUAUUAAUCAGGGCUAUUAAAUGUUGCAAUUAUCCUCAGAACAUAUCGCCGGAGAGGGGCCGUGUACGUAGAAUUGACUGCCGUAAUACUGAAAAUAGAAGAAAAACAAAAAAACUAUGAUGAUGUAGUGAAUUGUAACAUGCUUCUACACUUAAUGAUACUCCAAUUAUGGUUGUCUCCAA